AUUCCUAAAAGCAUUUCAAGCAUCCUCUAGUUCUCAAGAAACACAAAAAGCAGGUACAAGUAAUCAAGUUUCUUCCUUAAGGAGACCUGACGAGGAUGACAUGGCUUUCUUUGAAAGAAGAUACCAGGAAAGGUUUUUCAGGAAUUGUCCAAAUGGAUGAAGAUGUACAUUACAAUAAAGUUGAAGAUGUGGUCGGAAGUCAUGUAGAAGAUGCAGUAACAUUUUGGGCCCAAAGUAUUAGUAGAAGUGAGGAUGUUGUGAAGAUUGGUUGCUCACUUUUUGAAGUUUGUCCCCAUGCCAAUUCAAUUUUUGGGAAUCUUGAUCCAAAGAAGAUUUAUGGUGGAUUAUUUUCUGAAGAUAAAUGUUGGUACAGAUGCAAAAUACUAAAAGUCAUCAGUGAUGAAAAGUGCCUAGUGAGAUAUGUUGACUAUGGAAAUACUGAAAUUCUAAAUCGAUCUGAUAUAGUUGAGAUUCCUUUGGAUCUGCAAUUUUCUAGUGUUGCCAAAAAGUAUAGACUUUGGGGAUUACAGAUUCCUUCUGGCCAAGAAGUUACCCAAUUUGAUCAGGGAAGAACCUUUUUGGGGAGCUUGAUUUUUGAAAAGAAAAUAAAAAUGAGAAUUAAAGCCACCUAUCAAGAUGGAACAGUUCUUGCACAGGCUGAGUGUGGCACUGUGGAUAUAGGAGAGGAGGUGGCUAAAAAAGGAUUUGCAGAAAAAUGCAAACUCACUGUCAACACUAACGUCUGUGAGGAAAAAAACCCAGAGCCUGGUUCACUUGCCCUCAGGAAUCUUAAAAGCCCCAUUCCCUUGUGGGGACACAGAUCAAACCAGUCCAACUUCAGCAGACCAAAGGGGCGUGUAAGUGGGAAGCUGACUGUUGACUCGAAGAAUGAAAAUUAUUCAGGAAAUCAUGUGACGUUUCCAAAGGAAAGCUUGGCUACCGGUGACUUUAAUUUAGGGUCUAGUGUCAGCCUGGCAAAAAUUAAGCAGGAUCAGAAAUUGAUUGAAGAAAAUGAAAAGCUUAAAACAGAAAAGGAAGUUCUUCUUGAGAGUUAUAAGGAAUUAGAAUCAAAAGUAGAACAGACUGCCCAGGAAUUGCAGCAAGAGAAAGCAACUACCAUGGAUUUGACUAAACAUUUAGAAAGCACUUUGAAAACUCAUGUAGGUACUAGAAUGAAAAAUCUGGCAGCUAAGGUUGAAAUCUUGAAAGAAAUUAGACGUGUCAACAUCAGUGUUUGUUUAGGAAAUGACCUUUCAGAUGCUAUACAAGUGUUGAAUGAAGGGUGUUUCACUACUCCAGAAUCUUUGAAUGAAUUAGAGAUAAUUUGGAAAGACUACAAUUUAGCUCAGGAGAAGAUUAGAACUUGUCAAGAUUUGAAUGAAGGAAAAAUUUUGAUUGUGGAAAGAAAUGAUGUGCAACAGAAGCUGUGCAUGGCAGUAGAAGUUUUUAUUUUGGAAGUAGAUGAAUUACCUCUUUCUAAACGCUUGCAGACAUUACAGGACAUGUCAGUCUCUUUAGAGGCAGUAUAUGGGCAAGCCAAAGAAAGGACAUACUCUGAAGAAAUACUUGGAAAAUUUUAUGAUUGGAAGUGUGAUAAAAGACGGGAAUUCACCAAUGUUAGAAGUGAAACAGAUAAUUCUCUACAGCAUCUUAUGGCAUGGUUCCAGAGUGCCUUAAAGGUUUUUGAUUUGUCUGUGGAAGAAUCAUUGACUCUUGAAGACACAAUUAGUAAUAUUGAUGAAAUCCUAGAGAAAACUGAGUCAAGUAUCUGCAAAGAGCUGGAGAUAUCUUUGGUUGAGCAAGGUGAUGCAGACAAGGAAAUAAUUUUAAAUACAUAUAGUCAAGUUUUAGGAAAGAUCCACUCAGAGGAAAGGCUUAUUGCUGCUGUACUAUCCAAGUACGAGGACAGUAUUGAGUUUAAGAAGCAGACUGUUGAAUGUUUAAAUCAGAGCCCCAGUGUGGAACACUUGAUGUCCAUUAAAAAGACACUGAAAAGUUUAAAAGCUCGACUGAGAUGGAAAUUGGUUGAAAAGAAUAAUUUGGAAGAAUCUGAUGACCAUGAUGGAUUUGAAAUUGAGAAGAUAAAACAAGAAAUAGCUCAACUGCGUAGUAGUGUCUUUCGGGAAAUUUAUCAUGAGCAGGAGGAAUAUGAAAAGCUGAGCUACUUGGUACAGAAGUGGUUCCCUGAACUGCCUUUGCUUCAUCCUGAAAUAGGGUUACAUAAAUACAUGAACUCUAGUGGUCUUCUUACUAUGAGCUUGGAACGGGAUCUUCUUGAUUCUGAACCCAUGAAGGAACUUAGCAGCAAGCGUCCUUUAAUAUGUUCUGAGGUCAAUGGGCAGACAGUUCUUUUAAAGGGCUACUCUGUGGAUGUCAACACAGAAGCCAGUGUGAUUCAGAGAGCAGCUGCCUAUCACCGAGCUUGCAGAGAAGCCAAAGGAGAGUCUGGGUUAUUGCCCUUAAUAUUCCUGUUUUUAUGUAAGUCAGAUCCUGUGGCUUAUCUGAUGGUCCCAUACUAUCCUAGAGCAAACCUUAGUGUUGUUCAAGCUAGUAAACCUUUAACUUCAGAGGAAGUUUUAAAGGUCAUGAAAGGUGUAGCCCAGGGGCUGCAUACAUUGCAUAAGGCUGAUAUAAUUCAUGGAUCACUUCAUCAGAACAAUGUAUUUGUCUUAAACCGUGAACAAGGAAUUGUUGGAGAUUUUGACUUCACCAAAUCUGUGAGUCAGCGAGCCUCAGUGAACAUGAUGGUUGGUGAAUUGAGCUUGCUUCCACCUGAAUUAAAAAUUGGAAAAUCUGCUUCUCCGAGUUCUGACUUGUAUGCUUAUGGCUGCCUUUUAUUAUGGCUUUCUGUGAAAAGUCAGGAAUUUGAGACAACUGAAGAUGGAAUACCUAAAGUGGAUCACUUUCAUUUGGAUGAUAAUCUCAAAUCCCUCCUCUAUAGCUUGAUCUAUUGUAGAAGUUCAAUGACUGCUGAUCAAGUUUUGAAUGCUGAAUAUUUCUUGCUACCUAAGGGAAAGUCAAUUGAAAGCCCAGAAAAAGACAUAGUAUAUAUCCAAAAUAAAGAGAAAGAAUUUAAGAUGGAGAACUUGGAUAAAUGUAAGGAAAAAACAAGAAAUGGUGAAGCCAACUUUGAUUGAGACAUUCAUUUUAUUUUGUUGCUGCAGAUGUUUCUCUGAUAGAAUAUUGUUUAGUUUGGUUAAAUAAAUAGAAAAAACAGUAUCUUGGAGCUAGUUGUGUUCUGUCUUUGGUAUUGAAGUUGUAAAAAAUAAA